AUGGAUGACCUCGACGAGCGGGCGGAGGAAGAAAGACAUCCCGAUGAAGACACGAGGCACACCAGCCAGAAAGAACUAUGGGGAUGGUAUUCGUAUGGCUGGGCCGCAGAGGUCUUUGCGAUUUGUGCCAUGGGAUCAUUCUUGCCCAUCACUCUUGAACAGCUGGCCAGAGAUCAGGGAGUGCUCUUCAAGGACAAAAAAACCCCCUGCCGUGCUGGCUGGCAGACUGGCUCGGGCCCCAUCGCCCAUCCAAACUCGACUGCGCCCAAUGACCCCAAGCAUGGGCAUAGCGAGCUUCCCUCCUGUGUGAUCUACUUCCUCGGGGCUGAAAUCAAUACAGCCAGCUUCGCCAUGUACACCUUCUCCAUCAGCGUGCUGAUCCAGGCUCUUCUUAUCAUUUCCAUGUCAGGUGCUGCCGACCACGGUCGCUUUCGGAAAACCUUUCUUCUUGCCUUUGCCUUUGCCGGCGCGACCGCUACCACCCUCUUCAUAAGCGUCAUCCCCAAGCUCUAUCUGUUCGGGGCUCUCCUCGCAAUCAUCUCCAACACCUGCUUUGGCGCCUCCUUCGUCCUCCUCAACUCAUUCCUCCCACUUCUGGUGCGGUACCAUCCCUCUAUUCUGCACAGCCGGUACGACGGGGAACGGACCACAGCAGAUGGACGGUCUUCUGAAGAGGACGACGAAUAUGCUGAGCAGGAUGAUCAUGAGCUAGCUACAUCAACCUCGGGUUUGCUUCCUCGAGAGCGCCCAGGUGCGACCUCUGCAUCUUUGGAAUCUCCCCCCACCAUCUCGCCCGAACUCAAGCUCUCAACAAGAAUAUCUUCAAAUGGGAUUGGAAUUGGCUAUAUUGCUGGUUUGGUGGUUCAGUCACUGGCCAUACUCCUGGUGGUAGCAACUGGCUCGACCACGUUCUCGCUUCGUCUGGUUUUGAUGGUGGUCGGCCUGUGGUGGUUUUUGUUCAGCAUACCAGCUGCCAUGUGGCUUCGUCCACGACCAGGACCCCCGCUCCCAGCAGCUUUGGCGGGAAAUCGUGCAUGGGUGGCCUACAUCGUCUAUGCUUGGAAGUCAUUGUUCAAGACAAUCGGGCAUGCUCGGAAACUCAAGGACAUGUUUAUCUUCUUGUGUGCGUGGUUCCUGCUUAGCGACAGCAUAGCCACGGUCAGCGGAACCGCAGUGCUAUUCGCCAAAACCACCCUGGGCAUGAAGACAGAGGCCCUCGGACUUAUCAACGUGAUCGCCACAGUAGCCGGCGUCCUCGGUGCAUUCUACUGGAGUUUCCUGUCUCGAUUCUUCAACCUGCGUGCGUCGCAAACUAUCGUAGCCUGCAUCUGCUUGUUCGAGAUUAUACCAUUGUACGGUCUCUUAGGGUUUAUUCCGGCGAUCAAGCGGUACGGCGUGUUUGGAUUACAGCAACCUUGGGAGAUGUAUCCUCUUGGUGCGAUAUACGGCUUUGUCUUGGGCGGACUAUCGUCGUAUUGCCGAGCAUUUUUCGGAGAGCUGAUCCCUCCCGGCUUUGAAGCGUCCUUCUAUGCUCUCUAUGCUAUUACCGACAAGGGCUCUAGUGUUUUCGGGCCGGCAAUUGUGGGCGCAAUCACGGACAGGUAUGGUGAGAUCCGCCCGGCGUUUUUGUUUCUUGCAGUCUUGAUAUUCUUACCAUUGCCCUUGAUGGUCCUGGUUGAUGUCGACCGGGGAAAGGCAGAUGCCCAAAGUAUGGCGUUGGAGCUGGAAGGUCGUCGCAAGGGAGGACAGCGAUAUACCAAUAUCCCUACAAUCGUACUUUCAGAAGAGGAGGAGGAUUGA